UCGUAACGUAAAAUACCUAGUAAAGUACUGUAAAAAGUGACUUAAAAUACCUGGGGUAUUUUAUUUAUCCAAACCAUGUACAAUGGAGAAGGUAGUGGAGCAUAGUGGAGUACAGUGGAGUACGCGUGAUUUCACGAGUCACUCAGUGUAUGUACACUCGUGAAUGCUGAGAUCUCAGGACUUGUGCUGAGGUAAUUGCGGGAAUUUAACUUACAGGUAUUCAGACAAUCUUUCACCGUGAUGGAUGUUACGUCUGGAGAGUCGGGUAAUUCGUCGCCACAAGAGAAUGGCUGGAACGCCCUUAAGGAUCAUGUACUCCGGGAUAAGAUUCAAGUCGGAUUGUGGUGUACAAGGGUCUUAACAAUUGUUUUGACACAGUUUUAUAUGUUUCCCAUUGUUGGGAAUGCAAAUCAUACGUAUUACAAAAUUUUGUUAAGUAAUGGAGCUUCCAGUGCCUUGCGCCUUUAUCAGAGAGUACCACGUGUUCAAUUAAACAUGGAGUUUCUGCAGACUUUGAUGUUGGAAGACUCGUUCCAUUAUUUAUUUUAUACACUGAUAUUUUUAUUCGUCUCUCCAUCGCUACUGGUGCUUUGCCCAGUCUUCUUCUUCGCCCUUCUGCACUCGGCCAGCUAUUCGUUAACCCUGCUCGAUUGUCUAGGACAGAACAGCUGGUGGCCUCUUCGGUUUGGAAUAUCGGUGCUGGAGGCUAACACAUCGAAUAUCCUACGCAUAUGUGGUCUGUGGGAGAUACUGUUAAUGCCAAUCACGAUCCUUUUCGUCCUGGCUGGCCAUGCCGGGAUUCUGACUCCUAUUAUAUACUAUCAAUUCCUUCACUUCCGGUUAGUGUCACGAAGAAAUCCGACCACAAGGAACGUUUUCCAUGAAAUUAGGAGAUAUCUCCAUUCACUCGCCAUGAAGCCCAGUAUGCCUGAAAUUUUUCGGCGCAUAAUUUUAGGAUUUGUGGCUUUCACUCAACAUAUAUCACCGGCACCUCCUACGACUCAAUAAUGUAUAAAAUUGCACACUUGAGUUUGUUAGUAACGAAUAUUAUCAAAACUCCGAUAAGUUUCACGAGGAUUUACCAACAAUGCCGGCACGAAAUUACUGAUAAAGCUAAAAGGAAGUCGUUGACGUUAUGUAAAGAUGUGGAGAUGUUUUCGAUUUCUCGAUGAUCUGUACUGUUAGUUAAACUAAUAAUUCAACUGUCGGGAGUAUUAAAAAAGACAGUACGUUUCAAUAAUGAUGGAUUCUUGUAUAGAGGCUCGCGGGAUCAUGAAAUAGUUGUUUUGGAUUUGGGGCCCAUUCCGAUUUAAUGUACAAUUAAUGAAAGCACACACCUUUGUAUUUUCAUUUAGCAAAGUACAGCGUGUGUCAUGUAUCAAGAAUUUCGCACGGCCUGUGUAAUGCAUUGUGUACGUAAGAUGAGUACUUUGAGUGUCAGCAUGAUUAUAAGCAAUUCGGAAUACCUGAUCAUUACCAUUUUGCCAAUUUAUUGCACGUUUUACUUUUUACGAUGGUGUUGUAUUUAUUUAAGUCUUUCUUUCUGGCUCAAACUGGUUGUCUACUUUCUACGAUGUGGUCACUUAAUUUCACCGUUGAUUAAUCACUGGUGUCCAAUGUGCAUUUUUAAAUGUUUCCGUAGAUCCUUUUCUUUUCAUACGAAUUUCAAUUAAGUUUAGUAUAUUGUUACUCUGAAAGCAACGGAUAUGUUCUUGUGAUUAUAAUCAUCAGAAGUAAUGUGUAGGGCAGUUUUAAUUAAUAUUGUACCGUGUUGUACAGAUCGGUGGUACAAUUGCAUUCCUGUCUAGUAAAUUAUACAUUUUACAUAACGUUUUUAAAUACAUUACAAAGCGUUGUUUGAUACGAUUAAUCAUCCAGAUGCAUAUGAGGGUUCACAAAAGUUGUUUUCGAAAAAGAGACGAAUGUACACCGGAAACAAAGUUUGAUCGAUAGUCCAUAUGUUACGAGCUGUGUAAAUGUCUUUACACAUACAUAAUGACAUGCUCUCUGUCAUUUUACGUAUAUAAAAUAUACUGUAAUUCUUCUAUCGGUGAACUAUAUUUUUGAAAAUCACAUGUCCAAUAAUAGAGAAGAACUUUAAAAUUAUAGGGCAUUCUAGGCUGUCAAAAAUAUUAAACACUUCUAAACUGAUCUGUUUAAUUUAACUGUACUUUUUUCUACACAUUCAGUCCAAAAUAUUGGGCAGCGAACGAUUUUGUUGUGGUUUAAGGUUUCAUAAAUAAAGUACGUGGAAAUGUUUGCA